ACGUUGGCGGUUCUUGACCUCAGCGCUGUCGUUGCCAAGACGCUCCUCCUCUACAUGAUAGUGAACCCCAACAGCCACUUCUACAACAGCAUUUGUGUCUUUGCGGCUUUCUUUACCAUCUGCAACACUACGUGUGCCGACCUGGUCCUCAUCGUGAUCGCCGUCGACAG